UAUAACGGAUUUAGACAUAUAAAAAUAUAUAAAAUCAUAGCAAAUUACAUAAUCUAAGUGUUUUUAUGUUUAAGCAAAAAUUGUUUCUGUUAUUACACAAUCCCAUUUAAAUUACUGUGAAAUUAUUAUUUGAUUUUUUUUUUAUGUAUUAUUUAUAAGAUUAUGUGUUCUAUAAGAGAUUUUUUUCCUGUAGAAUACAGAGUAGCUUCCAAACCAACCAAGAACUUUAUACUCGAAAACCGUAAACAUGUUAAAAAACUUUCUAAAACCGUUCAUGCUGCUAAAAUUCAACCUCAAAGACCAUGUUGUUCACAUAUGCAGGAAUUCAAAUUGAAAAACAAAAUCAACCAAGGUAAUAAUGAUAAGAAAAAUUCUGUUAAAAGCUUAGAUUUGGAAAAAAUUGAAGCUACUAUUCAAUCAAUACGUUUAGCAAUUGACCAAACAAAAAAAUUACAAAAUAAAAUCGGUAUAAAUAGUAACAAACUAUCAUUAGCGUUUAAAGACCAAGCUGUACAAACUGUUUUUCCAUUUAGUGAAGAGUUGGUCUUGAAGGAUGGUACCGUUAGGUAUCCAAGUGUUAACCGCAAUAGUUAUUUGAAAUUAGCUAAGAAUAAACUUGUAAAUACAAUUGCUAUUCAAACAGAAGUUAUAGAAAAUGAAGAAAUUUUAAAUGAUGCUGCUUCUAUUAAAAACUUGAUAACGAAACAACAAAGUAAAGUUAUUAAAAGUAAACAAGAACCAAUUCAACAUAAAUGUGGUCAAGAAAAUAUUGGACUUCAUCAAAUUGGAAAAAUACCCAAAUAUCUUAAGCAAAGGAAAGCUUUAAAAGAAAAAAAUGAUAGGGAAGAACAAAAAAAAAAAGAUAUCAGACAUAAGUUGGGUUUGGAUGAUCCAAAUUGUCCCCCUGGUCAUAUGCUACUACCUAAAACUGAACGUUUGGAACACUUGGCUGAUUUACAAAAAAAUUAUAAUCGAUUAAUUAUGGAGUUAAAUAUGUUACCACUUAGUUCAGAUUCAUUCAAAAUAAAAGAAAAACGUAGGCGAUUAGAACAAGAGUUAGACAAAUUACAGUUAGGAAUUAAGUUGUUUUCGAGAGAAAAGUUAUUUAUUAAAGUUAAAACAAAUUUUUUGUAAUUUUUAUAAAUUAUUUUAUUUUAUUUGACUAAUCAUGCAUGAUCAUGUUUAAUUUUUUUUAAGAUAACUAUUUUUUUACUUAAAAUAUAGCUACUGUGAUUUAAAAAAAUAUGUAAUGAUUAUAAUAACCUGUCAAGACUUAAACAAGUUGAACUUGUAUUAUUUUACUUGUAACACAUUCAAAAUUGCUGUUGUAUAAUUGUGAUAAUGAAAUUAAAUUAAUUAUAUCCAUUUUAAAUACUAAAAUUAUAUGGUCUCAUAUUUAUAAAUUUAUAUCAAAACUGAAGAAAUAUUAUUUUCAUAUAAAAAUUUCAGUUAUUUUGAA